CUGCUGAAAGUUAAUCGAACUAUACUACUGACCUGUGCUCCGUGAUCUGCAUUACCUCUCCUUGUAAUCCCCUGGAAUUGUGCAGGUAGUCCCUUGUGUGAUCUCCUGCAUUACUAACCACAUGGCAUCCCCCGUACGAUGAUGACAUGGCAGGCUGCCGUGUGGUGAGGUUAAUGAGGCAACAUGUGGUGACGCUGACAUGGCAACAGGUAGGUCGGAUCUCAUACACGGUCAGUGUCCUAUUAUAAAAGCAGUGGUCAUCGUCCACAUUGUUACAGUAAGUAUAGGAAGUAUGAUUCACACCGAGCCUUUUUAUCACAUUUCGUUGUCAGUAGUUGCCUAUAAAAACGGUCCAUCAAAGAGUUGCAAUGUGUAAUAAUUGAGACUGGUGGAGAGAUGAGUAGGAGAUCGAACUCGGAUCACAGCACAGGGCAUGAGUCGAGUUGGACUAAGUACUUGGAUGAAUCCUCAGCUUCUGAAAGAUGGAGUGAAAGAAGAUCAGGAUUUUCUGGUGGGCAAGAAGAAGAGCAACAACAUGAAGAAGAGAACUUGUCAAUGGUCUCUGAUGCAUCCUCGGGACCUCCACAUUGCAAGUCUGAAGACUCCUGCAAUGACGAGAACGAGUGUUCCUCUUCUUGCUUCGCUUCAACCGGUACUAAUGCACAGACAUGUAACGAGAAAAACCAGCAGAAGGACAAACGUGCCAACGAGAAUGGUGGGAAAAGGAGCACUUCUAGUUCACUCCAUGGGAAAUUCAAGUUCCCGAACUACCGCCACGAUACACCGCCCUUGAUUGCAGGAAAGGCGGCUUCUGGAAAACCAGGUCGUUCCAAGGGCAAUAGAAAGUGAUGCGGUGCUGACAAGGUUAAACUAUAAUACAGGCUCCUGUGUGCGUAGAAUAGCAGACAUAUCAAGAGUUACUUAAAAUUAUUUCUCCUGAUGACCGGCGACGCUCGGCUUGAUUUCAGGAUUAUCUGCAUCGAUCAGUACCAGUUUAUGAAAAAGCAACAUUUGUUGUUUCUUAUCACCUUAAUCUGGAUGAAUGUCUUGGAAAAUAUUAUACAUUAAUUAAUAGCGUGAACCCUUCAAAACAUGUUGAGCCCUUCGCAGCUUCCAUCUUCAUCGCCAUUACUGUAGGAAAGAACCAUGUUCAUAUUUUGUUUUAGGAAAAGUGAUUGCCCUUGCAUUCUCCUACAUGAGGAACGAAGGAAGGCUCACCAGUCUAUUCCAUUUUGA